AUGCAGCUCAUUCUCCAUAAGAAAUACUACUAUUAUCCCAGAUACCGCGACCAAUCGACCAAGCCCCCCAAUGACCAAAUUGCUGAGAUAGUCAGGCUGAACAAGAACCUUCAGGAACUCAAAUGCACUGUCAAACCAUAUAAAAUACCCAAAGGUCAUGAAGUUUACAAAAUUUGGGACGAUUAUGUCGUCACUCGACCAGGUUUGGAGGCGCCCUAUGGGUACUUUGAAAAGCAUGGAAAAUUCUUGGCUUGUUCGAUCUUCCGAGGCGCUGCAAGGAUGGAUAUCUUGUGCUCUCGCGACCCUACCUUUGCCGUAUUCAAGAUCGAUUUCAUCCAUCGGGUGAUCAUCCUGCAGCAGUCAUGUGGGACAAAGGCAGCUGCCAAGUUCCUCGUUUAUCGUGUGAACGAACAAGCUCCAAGUGGUACCGAGAGAAUAUCCAAAGAAGAUCCCGAUUGCACGAUUGUUAUAGAUCUUGAGGAAGAUAUCUGGACGAGGGAGGAAUUUGGUCCUAGGAUACUGAAGAAUGGGAAUUUAUUGGUCGGUGUGCAAAUUGUUUUCUAUCUGUAUGUGCUGGUACACGGUCGGUGCCUAAAACGAAUCCCUUCUCACCAAGGUACUAGAUGGUUCAGAUACCAUGAGUGGAUGCUCACCUCCAAUGAGUUAUUGGUCGGAGUCGAAGAUUGCGACUUUGUAUGUCGCAGGAGUUUCACAGACGAACAUCGCAGGUCAUUCGAUACCGCUGACGAUGCCAAGCUAGUCGGCGCGUAUUUCAGGCGUGACGAUGUCUCAUCUGAUGGGCUUUCUUCUGAGAGUGGCUACGAAUCCGGCGAUGACAUCGAUGCUGGAAAGCGGAAAGCACAUGCGGAGGAUCGACAUGCCGAAGAAGUCAACAGCGGGUUGUCGCACGAGAACAUUUACUCUAGCCGCUUCGACAGAACGCAGGGUGAACCACUCGACAUAACCGGUUAUCAGCUUUUUGAGGACUUGGACUAUACGGUUCGAUAUCAAUUUGAACGUCAUAUCAUAAGGGAUCGUUUGAAGAGUAAAGGUCUUCUCGAGAAUCUCUCGCUUAUCGUGCUCGACCCACAAUCUAUACCCGAAAAGGAUCCAUCCACAGGAAAAUCUUGGCUACCAGUGGUCAAACUUGAACUUCCUUUCGACCCCUUGGAGCUCGAAAUCCUUCUCAAGGAAUGCCGGUAUGAGGGGAAUCCGGACUUUUAUGAAUAUAUAGAUGACAGCAAGAGGGUUAUGCAGGAGGAAGAGAAUUUCGACACCGGGUGCACCGAUUUUGUCCUUCCGGUGAUCCGACGUUGGAUCCCGAACGACGAUGAUUAUGCGAGAGAUCCUCUGACUAUCAUAGAUUUUCUGAUAGCCAUUCCUGCAAAUCCCCUCAAGCGUCUCCUCACGGAUACCAAGGGACAAAUACUUGUCGGCAGACCGGCAGCAGAUAGUCGAAAGCGUAAUACCUUUACCGACCUCGAUGGUGAAGGCAAGGAGCGGCUAAGGCAAGAGACGUUUCAAAAUGUCACCACAAUUCCAUUCUCCGACUGGCGUGAAAAUGCACAACUGUGGGUACAAGAUAACGAUCCUGCAAUGGCGCAACAUGGAAAUUUCAAUGUAGAUAUCAUCGCAAACGGCAAGGAAUCACUUAUUCUUCGUGCACACUGUAUUUCUCCCCUCUUGAAUGUUCCUGAUCUGGACGAAGGCUGCGGGAAGGGAAGUAUGAGAAGGCUACAAAUUCCUAAACCAGUACGUUCUUCAGUCAAUUCCUUCAUAUUCGCUCAAUGA